AUGUCUACUUCCGUCUGGCCGUCUUUACCUGUCCAUGAUUUGAGGAAAGAAGAGGACGACUCUACGGAACGCGAGCUAUCAUGGCUUCUAGAAUCACUACAGGAAACAUUGGCUUCACUCAAAACGGGCUUAGAAGACUGCUAUGCGCUUCUCGCGCCUGUUGAGCCGGGGUCUACACUUGUUAUGUCUUCACCUCGUUCUGAGUAUUUGAAGGGCCAUAUUACACGUGUUGGUACUCAGGUGGUCAAAGGAACCCUCCACCUGCGCCUCAAAUCUCUCCCACCGUCCUCGUUUUCACUGUCACCAACAUUACCUCUUCUCCUCGAACCGCUCACUCAACUCCGCACACUCCUAAACCAAAGUCUUGAUUGUGUUGACAUAGCUCGCUGGACCGGUGAUCGUCAUUCUGCGCCUUUUAUAUCCUCCCAGUUGCGUCUUCUCCAUAGUAUCCUCACCGAGGCAAAACUCGUCCUCAAAGGUCCCUCUCUCCUCGAAUCUCCCACCCAAACCCCCGCAUCUUUGAACUGGGCGCAUAACCCUGUUGAUGCUGAUACUUUCGCCCCAUCCUUACCAUCCAAUCUCUCUCUCGAUCUAACAAUCUCCGAUGGCUCAUUACUGCUCACCAUACGAGUUCUUGAACCUGUUGCACAACAAGCCAAUCUUGGGAGCAGGAUAGCAUUUGCGAUAGGAGCCCAGAGAAGAUUGGAGCAUGAUGAGAUGGAUGAGGUCUUCAUGUUCAAAGGGGAAGAGGUUAGGGUUAAGGAAAAGGUCAGGGUCGAAAGUGCGGAUCCAAGGCUAAUGAGUGUUUUGGCUAAAGUGGCGGCCCUGGAGCAUACAGUUGAAGGGGCGAGGGCGGAUUUGAAAAUUGUUAUGGGCGGUGAUGGCUUGGAGGCUGAAGACUAG